UAGAGUAUGCUUCUUGAAAGUUUGGUAUGGGCUUUUGGCGCUCUACUGGCUAUCCCAGGAGCUGCGUAUGCUGGCCCAGUCGUUUAUAAUGUGAUCGGAUCCAGACAGCGGCUAUUUUCUGUUUAUGGCACAGACUACGCACUUGGUACUGAGAUGAACUGGUUUGAAGCAUAUCGAAUUUGUGAGAAAUUUCACAUGAAGCUGGCCACCAUAAAGAAACCUAGUCAUUAUGCGGCCCUUAUAAUAUUUCUCGGAACAAAUAUGUCUUCUAUAAGGAGCGACGUUUGGGUUGGUGCUACGAAUUUGGGUUUUAAUAUAACAACAUGGUAUUGGAUGAAAGAUGGGUCAUCUGUAUCUUACUCAAAUUGGAUGCCAAAUGAGCCAUGUCGAAUCGGAUGCAUGCGAUUGAGUCACAAACACAAUUUUACGUGGAAUGAUGCCGAAUGCAGCAGUAAUAAAUUUCAAUUUGUGUGUGAGCAUACAAAGUUUUGAAAAAAGGGUGGAAAUACAAAUAUUUAUCGCCUUA